ACCAAAUACGCACGCACAGGCGCGCGCGGGCGCGCGUAAGCACACACUCACAAAGGUGGGGGAGGGCAAUGUGAGUGACCUUGCAAAGGUAUCUUGCCCACGGAGGACAGGAUUAGCAAAGCUGAAACCUCGGCAAAUAUUUGUCUUCCUCCCGCAUUCCUCCCCAAACAGCUUGCUUGCCUCGAGCUUGCCUCGCCCAGUUCCUUCUCCGCUCGCUCCGCCAUACAAAGCCCAACCCGCCCAUCUCCUCUUUGCAAGCCUAGAGAACUUCAUUCCCCAUGUUGAAACUCGUCGGUGGCGGUGGCGGGCAGGACUGGGCAUGCUCAGUGGCGGGGACAGGUCUGGGAGGCGAGGAAGCCGCGUUUGAAGUCGCGCGGCCGGGGGAUCGGGAGGAGGCAGACGGCUGGGGCCCUGGCUGGGGGUGCGCGGGGAUCCCCGAUCCCGCGCCCGGGGCGGGCAUGCUCCAGGCCGGCGCCGCGGGGCCGGCGCGUGGGGGGCAGGGCGCGGAGGAGGUGGGGGAGUCCGCGGGAGGAGGGGAGGAGCGCGCGGUUCGCCAUCCCCAGGCGCCGGCUCUGCGGCUGCUGAAUCGGAAGCCGCAGGGAGGAUCUGGGGAAAUAAAGACGCCCGAGAAUGACCUCCAGCGAGGCCGCCUGAGCCGGGGCCCGCGCGUAGCCCCGCCAACCCCCGGCAUGGGCGACCGCAGCGGGCAGCGGGAGCGCUUGGCCCCGCACUCCCUAGGGGCGCCCCCGGGCAUCGGCGCCGCAGCCGUGAAUGGGCUGCUGCACAACGGCUUCCAUCCGCCGCCAGUCCCGCCGCCGCUCGUCUGCAGCCGGGGCCCUGUGGGCGGCGGCGACGCGACGCCCCCGCGCCUCCCGCUCCUGCCGGAGCUCCAGCCGCAGCCACCGCUCCCUCAGCACGACUCCCCGGCCAAGAAAUGCCGGCUGCGGAGGAGGAUGGACUCGGGGAGGAAGAACAGGCCGCCAUUCCCGUGGUUCGGCAUGGAUAUUGGUGGAACACUGGUUAAGUUGGUCUACUUUGAGCCCAAGGAUAUUACAGCCGAAGAGGAACAAGAGGAAGUGGAGAACCUGAAGAGCAUCCGGAAGUAUUUGACUUCUAAUACUGCAUAUGGGAAAACCGGGAUCCGAGACGUCCACCUGGAACUGAAAAACCUGACCAUGUGUGGGCGCAAAGGGAACCUGCACUUCAUCCGCUUUCCCAGCUGUGCCAUGCACAGGUUCAUUCAGAUGGGGAGUGAGAAGAACUUCUCCAGCCUUCACACCACCCUCUGUGCCACGGGAGGUGGGGCUUUCAAGUUCGAAGAGGACUUCAGAAUGAUUGCUGACCUGCAGCUCCAUAAACUGGAUGAACUGGACUGUCUGAUUCAGGGCCUGCUUUAUGUUGACUCUGUUGGCUUCAACGGCAAGCCGGAAUGUUACUAUUUUGAAAAUCCCACAAAUCCUGAAUUGUGUCAAAAAAAGCCGUACUGCCUUGAUAACCCAUACCCUAUGUUGCUGGUUAACAUGGGCUCAGGUGUCAGCAUUCUAGCAGUGUACUCCAAGGACAACUAUAAAAGAGUUACAGGGACCAGUCUUGGAGGUGGAACAUUCCUAGGCCUAUGUUGCUUGCUGACUGGUUGUGAGACCUUUGAAGAAGCUCUGGAAAUGGCAGCUAAAGGCGACAGCACCAAUGUUGAUAAGCUGGUGAAGGACAUUUACGGAGGAGACUAUGAACGAUUUGGCCUUCAAGGAUCUGCUGUAGCAUCAAGCUUUGGCAACAUGAUGAGUAAAGAAAAGCGAGAUUCCAUCAGCAAGGAAGACCUUGCCCGGGCCACAUUGGUCACCAUCACCAACAACAUUGGCUCCAUUGCUCGGAUGUGUGCGUUGAAUGAGAAUAUAGACAGAGUUGUGUUUGUUGGGAAUUUUCUCAGAAUCAAUAUGGUCUCCAUGAAGCUGCUAGCAUAUGCCAUGGAUUUUUGGUCCAAAGGACAACUAAAAGCUCUGUUUUUGGAACAUGAGGGUUAUUUUGGAGCUGUCGGGGCACUGUUGGAACUGUUCAAAAUGACUGAUGACCAGUAGACAUCAGCAGUCAUGGGAACAGCCUCCCAAAGGGACAGAGAACUGAAAACUGCUGCUGGAGAAGGUGAAAGUCGCUGCGGGACGGAAGCCAAGCCAUUAUGGCAGAUGAACCUGCUGGAUUUGUAAAUAAUUUAAAAUCCUUCUAGUUGAUCUUUUACUCCUAGGUUUUGAGCUAAUGAUUCAAAAUGGGGAAUAUAAGAGUUUUUUUUCUGUAUACUGUAUUUUUUAAAAAAAAUUUUGUGCAGCGUGGCCAAACCUACCAGUUUUAUGCAUUAACUCUGAAAAGUUGUAUAAUGUUUAAGAAGGACCUGAUAUGUAAGCGCUGUUCAUUUUUCUUCUGGGGUUUACUGAUCAGUGUGGUAAUUUUAACUUCAUUUAGUAAUUACUCUAGGAGAUUUACCUUUACUUAUAUUUUUCAUGACGUUUCAUGAUUUGCUGUUGGUUUCAAAUGAAACUACAAAUCUGGCAUGUUUUACUGUGAACACUUUUUUGUUUGUGUGUUUACCCUUCUUUGUCUUGUUUUUCUGUUUGAAUGUCUUAUGAAAAAAGAGAGUCCCUUUCCCUGUUCCUGUCCUCUCCUCAAAUGGUCUCCCUCCGACACCCAUAACAUUUCUUUGAUGUAGUUGUUUGUAUCAAUCUAGGUGCUGACCAGCUCAAUACAAAGUUAAGCACAAGAUCUAAAGCUCUCGAAAAUGCCCAUGAAGAAAAGACUCUGAAAGUGUUAAUGGAUUUAAUGAGUCUGGCAAAAGUUGCAAAUUAUAUGCAAUUUAGUCUUAUCCCUUAUAAAUACAGUGUUAUAUUGGAUUUAUUUUAUGCUAGGUUGUGUUAAAUUGAAAUAGUCUAUGGUGAAGUAUCCUCAUCCAUGCCCAGCAUAUGAAUGGCAAAUAAUCCUUGUGCAAGAAGUUUGGAACUUAUUGGGAAAAGUCUCCCAGUAGAUUAACUAUUCAUAUCAGGAGAUUUAGGGUAAGUCAUGGGUUGAGGUGUCAGGCAGUAAUAUCUAUUUGUUUUAUACAUAUAUGUACCUAGAAACUUUAUAACAAGACAUCUUAAAUAAUUUUUUUUCAUUUUUAAUAUUUUAAACUGAAAACUGUACUUCAAUCCCAGUCUAAAAUUAAAAAAUAAUUUAUGAUACUGAUCUAUAUAUUUUCUCUUUUUGAAAGACUCUAUUAAGACUGAUGGGCAACUUUGAAAUGAGGAUCAUGUACUAAUAUUGGAACGCAUGGGGUCCAAUGAUCUUGUGGAUUGUUGAAAGGGAUUUUUGAAAGACGGUAUAAUUACUCUCUGAUGGAACUUUCCUUCUCUGCCUUCUGAGUACCAUCUUUAAUUUCCAUAUCUUCAUGUCUUGAAGAAGUUGAUGCUAAUUGAAGAAUUCACUUGUCUGGUUGAAAUAAAGCCUGUUUCUGUUGUGA